UACAGAGGUGCAAAAGGUUAUGGCAAUUUCAUACAAAAGAACCCUGAUAAAUCGGGAAAGAGCGUGGGACCUGUAAAAGCACCUUCGAAUAUGCGUAUGAUCACGCUCGUCGAUUUCGCGCCAGAUGUCUGCAAGGAUUAUAAGCAAACCGGAUUCUGUGGUUUCGGCGACAGUUGUAAAUUCCUCCACGCAAGAGAAGACUACAAACAAGGCUGGCAACUCGACAAAGAAUGGGAAAAGGCCGGAAAAUCAAAAGCGAAAUCCACAAUAAUCGGCUCUGCAAACCGUUCCUCGGAACAAGCAAACGAAUCCUCCGAUGAUGACGAAGCAAAAGAACUCGAGAAAAUUCCUUUUGCAUGCAUCAUCUGCAAGGAGCCGUAUAAAAGUCCAGUGGUGACGAAAUGCGGUCAUUACUUUUGCGAGGCUUGUGCGUUGAAGAGGCAUAAGAGUAAAGGUGGUAAGGCGUGUGCUAACUGUGGUGCUGAUACGGGAGGUACGUUUAAUGUAGCCAAGAACCUGAGGAAGCUGUUGGAUAAGAAGAGGGAGAGG